UUUUUUCGCCUUGCAUGGCAAGCAACCUAAGAUCCCCCAGUCUUUAUAUAAUGUCACUUUAUUCUAUCUAAAAACCCAGCCACCUUUAAAGAGAAUAUGGUGAAUUCUGAGUCUCAUUCUUCAAGCGACCAAGUCCCGCCGUCCACUCCACAUGUUGACGGCUUCACGGUAUCCGCGAGGAAGCUGUUAGACUGUGCGCACCAUCUUCCCAAGGUGCAGGAAUUGGCUACAAAAGUCGCCAGUGAGGCUUUCAAAGCAGCCAUUUUAAACGACGAAGAAGGUAAGUUUUCUGACUACAUGAAAGGAGGUGCUUGCAAAGAAUCAUUUGUGGCACUUGCAGAAUGCCCUGAUGGGUUUAAGCAGCUGUCCGGCAUGUUUGACUGUAUGGAUGCCCACUCUGAUUACUAUGAAAAGUAUAAGAAGGAGAUUAUUUACGAACAAAUUGAGAAGGAAUUUGUGAAGGAACUUGACUCCACCUUUCCUGGAGGAGAAGUCGAAGUCUUUUUGGGGAUUCAUGAGUUCUUCACCAAAGGAGAAGGAGGUUGUUGCAAAGAACAAUAUCUGGCUUCUGUCGAUUGCGUCAUAGAAGAAGAAGAUCAAUCUGAUCCUUUGUUGACUACUUUUACUAAAAGGCUUUUUAGGUUCCUUUAAUUGUUCGCUUUUUUUUUCUAUUAUAUUUGUUCGUUCCCUUUUAAUGGUUGAGUCUUUUUUUCUAUCGAUUGUUCGCUUUCUAGGAACAUAAAUAAAACCUUUUGAUGGUUGAGUUUUCUCUAUCAAUGCUUUAUAUAUAUAUAUAUGAUUU